UAUACAAAGGAAGUAUUGACAUUCAGAUGCGGAAGUUGGAGUGAGGAAAACAAUCGGGUAGAUCGACAGUAACUUUAAAUAAGCAGUAGAAAAAACAGUCGGCGGCAUAAUAGUUUGUCUCUUCAGCCGCUGAUAUUUCUGCUGGACAUUUUCUACAUCAAGAAAAGGAAAAGAUGGAGUUUCUGUUUGGAAAAAGGAAGACUCCAGAGGAGAUGCUCAGACAGAAUCAAAGAGCACUAAAUCGAGCCAUGAGAGAUCUAGACAGAGAACGCCAGAGACUGGAGCAACAGGAAAAGAAAAUAAUUGCUGACAUUAAAAAAAUGGCCAAGCAAGGACAGAUGGAUGCUGUUAAGAUUAUGGCUAAGGACUUGGUUCGCACAAGACGGUACGUAAAGAAAUUCAUCAUGAUGCGAGCCAAUAUUCAAGCUGUUAGCCUUAAAAUCCAAACGCUCAAAUCAAACAACAGCAUGGCACAGGCCAUGAAAGGAGUCACCAAAGCUAUGGCCACCAUGAACAGACAGUUGAAGUUGCCACAGAUUCAGAAGAUAAUGAUGGAGUUUGAACGCCAAAGUGAAAUUAUGGACAUGAAGGAGGAGAUGAUGAAUGAUGCAAUCGAUGAUGCAAUGGGAGAUGAAGACGAUGAAGAGGAGAGCGAUGCUGUGGUUUCUCAAGUUUUGGAUGAGCUGGGUCUGAAUCUGUCCGAUGAACUUUCAAACCUGCCUGUUACUGGAGGAAGUCUUUCGGUCGCAGCUGGAAAGAAAGCUGAACCACAGGCCACACUGGCAGAUGCUGAUGCCGACCUGGAGGAGAGGCUGAAUAACCUCAGAAGAGACUGAGAAUUUAGAGACUUUAAGUAAAGUUUUGACACAGUUUAUCGAAAGCGUGCUUUACUGAAAUUUAGACUGAUGCAAAGAAAAGAGGUGGUACAACACAUUUUAUGGAUGCCGUCAUAUUUUUUUCUCAAGAUUUUUGAUGCUUAUAUGCGUCUCUUUUUUCUGUCACCUUUUAGGAUGUGUUGUAUAAUUGUUAUUCUGCAAAACAUGUAACCCAAAUGAAAAUGCAAUACAUCAGACUGAUUUUGAAGUUUCUGUUUAGACAAAUCCUUUCCAAAGGUGAUCAAAGAAUCUGUUAUCCAGAAAUGAAAGGUUUUACUUUUUUUGGAGAAUAAACUAACACUAAAUAUUUCAUUACUAUGAAAACUGAUUUAUCACACAUCUCUUGGGUAUAAAUGUGUGUUGUGAUACUGAACUUUGAUAAAAAAAUUCAAAAUCGAUUCACCAGUUUUCCAAUCUGUCCAUAUAUAUUAUAUAUGCUCUCUUUGAAAUACUUUUGCUAUUAUACUGUCAUGAUCUUUUAAUGGCAUAUGACCCUGUAUAAUAAAUGUGGUGGUUUAUAUAUUUCUUUCUAAAAGUGAUUAAAUCUUAAGUCCUACACACAGACUUGUACAUCAAACUGUAAAAUAUCCCACAAUAACUCCUAAAAAACAUUUCCCACAAAAUUAUAUAAAGACUUACAGAGUGUUACAAAACAAUGAAUUUAUCUCAUAAAUCCAAAGAGGUGGUAGUCAUAUAGAUAUUUUACUUAGCGUGUUACUUUUUGGUUUAAUAAAUAUUUUUCACAAUUAAAAGAA